AUGGCAGCCGUGGCCGAGAACGGCAAUGCGGAUCCUCGGAAAUCGGCCUUGAUAUUUCUUGGAACUGGAUGUUCAAGUGCGGUACCGAACGCGUUGUGCUUGAUCCAGCCUUCCGAUCCCCCAUGUCCUGUCUGCUCCCAAUCUUUGAUCCUACCACCGGAGAAAAACCCUAAUUACAGGUGCAAUACAUCCCUCUUAAUUGACUAUUGCGCCAGUGAUGGAAAACAUAAAUAUAUUUUGAUAGAUGUUGGGAAGACGUUUAGGGAGCAAGUACUUCGAUGGUUCCCUUUUCAUAAAAUUCCUCAAGUAGAUUCUAUUAUAUUAACUCAUGAACAUGCUGAUGCUGUUCUUGGGUUGGAUGAUAUACGGGCAGUGCAACCUUUUAGUCCUACAAAUGACAUUGAUCCAACUCCCAUCUAUCUGAGCCAGCAUUCAAUGGAGAGUGUCGCAGUUAAAUUCCCUUACCUGGCUCAGAAAAAAUUGAAGGUAGGCCAGGAAAUUAGGCGUGUAGCACAGCUUGACUGGAAAAUUAUAGAGAAUGAUAACACAAAGCCAUUUGUGGCAUCUGGGCUACGCUUUGUUCCACUGCCGGUCAUGCAUGGUGAAGAUUAUGUCUGCCUAGGAUUCUUCUUUGGUGAAAGAUAUAAAGUAGCAUACUUGUCAGACAUUUCUCGCUUUCUUCCACCAACAGAAACAUUUAUUUCAAAGGAUGGUGACCAACAAUUGGAUCUUCUUAUUUUGGACACGCUUUAUAAGAAUGGGUCCCACAACACUCACUUCUGUUUCCCUCAGACACUUGAUGCUGUGAAGAGGAUAUGCCCAAAGAGAGCACUACUUAUUGGAAUGACCCAUGAGUUUGAUCACCACAAAGACAACGAAUUUCUCAAGGACUGGUCAGAAAGAGAAGGAAUACCCGUUCAGCUUGCACAGGACGGCCUGCGAGUCCCUGUAGAUCUUUGAUGAGUUGCUGUAGCACCCUUUUACAUAUUGUAAAAGUCCUUCAUGGCCAUAUCGUUUCUCCACUUAAAUCAAUCUGAAUGCUGAAAUGAAUUGUCGCCUGAAAAUCAGUCUGAGAUGUUAAAAAUGGUUAUUGCAGGUAUAAGAUGAGGUUGCCAUACUGAACCUAGACAUUAUUGCAGGUUCCACUCUGUUCAACAGUUUGAUAGAAAACUAACAUAUUUGAAUGGCUAGUGUUGGCUAAUAUUAUUAAUAGCUAGUCAAGGAGGAGAUUAUAAAUUCUUGGAAUCUUAUAUACAGACAGAACUGCUUCUGGUUACCUUCAGAUAUAGAGAGAGAGAUAUAUAUAUAUAUAUAUUAUAUGUAAGAUAAUACACUUAUAAUUGUAUCACUGGCCAACAUGAUCUCUCUCAUUGUUGUUUAUGCUAUUAUUGUCUUAUGUUUGUUGAACCAUUAGUGUUUGUGACAUACACAAAGAAAUAUGUAUUUGCCCUAACCUUGAUUGUUGGAAAUUGUGGUAGGGAUUAUAAUAUACUACAAACCAAAGCUUGUGUGAUUUUGGUUUUUAUU